AAAAGGGCGAGUUUCCUUUCAUUUUCGAUUUGACUCUUUCUAGCAACUCCGAAUGGCCAAGAGAACUCUCACUAUAUCAAAAAGAGAGUUAAAGAUAGAAGGUGUUUCACAGAUCUCUUGAGUCGCAUCCUUGGGAAGUUACAUCUCAUCAUCACUCUAUCAACUUAAUUAACGGUUUUCGAUCUGGAAGAAAUCGUCCUAUAACCCACUCAUCAUCUCAACCCCGUAUUUCGGCUUUGACCCAAAACACAUCUACUGGCAUAUGCUUGCCAGCUCGCAAGCCUCUUGCUUCAUUACGAUAGUCAUCGAAGGAUCCUUCCUUCCUUACAGCUUGUCGUCAUUUCCGUCGAGAGAUUCCCAGUCAAACACCCGUUAACCAAUUGAAACUGUCAACAGAUAAGGUCAAUCUUGGUCAAAUCGACUGCCCCUGGCGUACGUACGAGUCUUCCUUUGAUCCCAGCACUACUAUGUCCGCUCGACAGCAAGUCCCUUUUCGAGAGCUCUCACAGGAAGCAAAAAUGUCGACUUCCCCACCUUUGAGGGGUAUUCCGAUCGAUCGGCUGUCCACGAGGUCUUUUGGAAGGGAGGAAAGUAUGAGUAAGAGUUCAGACAACCAUAAAUCGGUACUUCUGUCGCCCAUAGCAAGAAGUUCCAGUUCAAGCCCCGUUCCAAGACCAAGCCACAAGCUUUCAGAAGUAGUAGAGGCAGUAGAAGACAAGGGAAAGAAGACUUCCCAAUCACUUCCGGCAGCAAGUCUGCCUCUUAUCUUCCGUUCCUCACCUACACUCCCACCUCUUAACACGCGCAAUCCUUCCAGGGACUCUUCGCCUUCUAGCCGAACAGGUCCUCCCCCUCAUCCAACUGUUUUUCACGUUGAACAUGGGGCCUUCCCACGAAAAUCAAAGGAACAUGGACAUGACUGUCCUCCGGCGAGACCCUACUUUCCUCCAUGGUACAGUCACCCCCUUGGAUACCCUCACCCCCAUUCCUCCUCGGAACGGCACUACUCCUCUCUGUCUCGCAUUCACACUCACCCAGAAGAGUAUUAUUCCAUUCACAUGCCAACAGAUAGGUACUACAAUGCACCUCUUCACCCAUACUAUGAUCUAGAAGACUAUUACCCGCCUCCCUCUCCUUUCCCAGCACAUGUCUACGCCCGGGGAAAAGAGGUUUAUCACCGGAUUCCUCAGCCAUCAAGACCGAGACUACACAUCCACCCUUAUGCGUUUCCAUGGAGUAAUGAAGGUGAUGUGAGGUUUUACUCUGGCGAGGGAAAGAGCAAUGGAUCACAGCCUUCUCAUGGACUGGGACAGGGCCCAGUCGAGGGUUCGAGUGAUAGGAAGUUGAGUAAAGGUACGUUGUCGAGUCCGGCAAGCGCGACCAGUACCAGUGCAGCGACCGUGAUGAGUUUCAAGUCGCCACGUAAGCGGACGAAUGAUGUACAGCUGGCGAUGUUGAGUGAUGUUUUCCAACGGACACAAUAUCCGUCUACAGAAGAAAGGGAUGAACUGGCCAGACAGCUGGGAAUGACUUCACGAAGUGUCCAGAUUUGGUUCCAAAAUCGUCGUCGAGCAGUAAAAGUAGACCAGCAGUCAGCCAUUCAACGCGCCGAAGCAGAAGCACGCGCCGCCGAAGCCACGCUCCGAGGGUUGCCGGCCCCGCCAUUCCUGACUGGUAGCGUGCCAGGAGGCUCGGGGUCGAGAAGAAAUAGUGACUCUGAGCUCGAGGAUAACACGGAAGUUGACGCUGUUAUGAAGAGAGAAAGGAAAUCGCCGGAUGCGGGUAUGGAGGGUUGAUCGGUUCGAUGGGCACGGUGUCUGUGAUAGUUGUUCAAUAAUAGUUGUUUAAUACCAAUAAUGACAUGGAGCGCUUUGUCGAGACUAGUCUUGUUAUAAUGACAUGUAAACCUCAAUCAGUUAG